AUGGACUGGUCCCUUGGCGUUCACGGCCCGGACGGGAAGAUUUAUUGUGUCCCCGACACGGCGACACAGGUGCUCUGCUACGAUCCGCUAACAAAGCAGAGCUCCCUCUUCGGAGACGCCAUCGAUGUGGGCAGCCACAAGUGGUCGGGGGGCGUGUUGGCCAAGGACGGGAAGAUCUACUGCGUGCCCUGGACCCAUCCACAGGUCCUGGUGAUUGAUUGCCUAGCCAAGCGGGUGUCUUUCUUGGACACCUCCACCGGCACGGGCUGCACCGCCGCGUCCCUUUCGGAGCACAAGUGGAGGGAUGGGAUCCUCGCCGAGGAUGGCUGGGCCAUUUACUGCAUCCCCUGGACGGCGGAGGCCGUGCUGCGCAUCGAUGUGGCCAAGAGCUCGGCAAGCUGCUUCGGAGAGCUGCCUGCAAGCGACAGCAAAUGGGCAGGUGCUGCGCUCGGCUGCGACGGGCGCAUCUACUGCGCCCCUUACGACUCGCCCAGCUGCCUGGUGAUCGCUCCCGGCCCGGAGCCCACGGCUUGGCUCCUGGGCCACUUCGGGGACUUGCGCAGGAAGUGGCGCGGAGCCGUGGCCACAAAAGGCGGCGAGCAGAUCUACAUGAUCCCGUACAAUGCCCUGGAGGUGCUCCUGGUGGAGCCGGCAAGGCUUGCGACGGCGACGACGCCGACGACUCCCGGAGUCGCUGCCGGAGUCGGAGCGGUCACCGGAGUUGGAAGAGAGGUGUCCUUGGAGUCCUUCGGCUGGGCUCAAGCGAGGGCUUUGGCCCGCUCUGGCGUGGAGCCCGAAGACCACCUUGAGCCGGAAGAAGAAGCUGCUCCGACGGAGCCGACGGAGGCAGAGGUCAAAGCUCCAGGUGCGCUUGGAGUCUCGAAGAUUGGCUGGGUGGGAGGCAUCCGUUGCAAGUGGCGGGGUGGAGUCUUGGCCAAAGACGGCUGCAUUUACUGCGUGCCAGACUGUGCUAGCGAGGUGCUCUGCAUCCGCCCGGCCUCCCAGGACCUGGUGCUCUUCGGGGAGGUGGGCGCUGCUCGCUGGAAGUGGCGCGGGGGAGUCCUGGGCAACGACGGCAAAGUCUACUGCGCGCCCUACGAGGUCCAUGAGUCGGUCUUGGUCAUCGACCCGGCGACGCUGAAGACCUCGGCCUUGCCGAAGGCUCAGGGCCUUUCUGCGCUGCCUGGCUUCCUGGAGACCAGCCAAGGCAGUUUCGAAUGCAGGCGCACGCAGGGCGAUAUGGCGGCCAUCUCUGCACCGAAGCUGCCAAUCCAGAACCGUUCCACCAUCUCUCCAGCAGGUCGCCCUGCAUGCACCAAGUCUCCCAUCGGGCCCAGCUCCCGGAAAGAGCGCCGAGGCGACUGUGCCAAGGCUCGCUGGGCGGACUACACGCCGACGCAGUGGUCCCACGACUCCCACUCCCCCUGGCCCGAGGGGUACCCUGCAAAUCCGAAUGCGGCGCUCAUGUUCCUGCAGACCCCACCAGGCCCGGAGAGGGAGCAGAGGGAGGCCCAGCUCUGGCCAGCGACGCCCACGCCCUCGGGAGCCGGAGCUGGCUGGGACCAUUUUGGCCUUGGCCAUUCGGAGAGGCCAUCGGAGGCUCACGGUGAGGCGGGGGCGGGGCCCGUGCCUUUGGCUCUCCAAGCUCCUGCUCGAGUGGCCCAGAUGGCGGCGGCCGCAGCACAUGCGGCUGCAGCGGCAGGAGCCGCCGCGCAAGCUGCUGCGGCAGGAGCCCACCACACAGAGCUCCGGAAUGGCACGACAGGUAAAAUGGCACCCGACAAAGCCGCGAAGAGCGCGGGCGCCAGCUUGUAUGAGGAUGGGAAAAGGCUCCCUCCUACACCCUUCUCGCCGAAAAGGAAGGCCUCAGUCUCGGUGACCGCUCCCAACGGGGUCCCCGUGAUGGUGCACGAUCAACCGGAAGCCGAGAAAGCGGAGAUGUCGGAGCUGGAAGAAGCGGGGGCCGGCCCAAACCCGGCCUCGCCGGAGCCCAUCCAGUGGAACCAGGAGGUCACGGUCGGGACGGUGCCCUCCAAGGGCUCCAGUACACAUGGCAGUGGCAAGUGUCGGCCAUGCGCGUGGUUCUGGAAGCCGCAGGGUUGCCAGAACGACCAGGACUGUGGCUACUGCCACCUCUGCCCUGAAGGGGAGCUCAAGAACCGGAAGAAAUCCAAGGUCGCGGCCAUGCGGAUGGGGGCCUUGGUGCCCGCGAAGAGCCAGAAAGCCAAGUUUCCGAGUGGGGCGAGGGACCACGUGCUGCAUGUGCUUCCUGCCACUGUCACGGCGGUGCUCGCACCUCCUUUGCGCGCGGAAGAAGUGAGCAGCGAGCGAUUUGCGACUGUGGCCUCCCAGGGGGAGACCGCAGAGAUCCUGAGAAUUGGUCCAAAGGAGAACCGUGCAUGGCGGUUGCAGAGAAGGAUAGGAAAGCGCAGAGCGGCGAUGGCCACCUCCAAGCCGGUGGUGCGACAAGUGGACAUGGAGGCUCCGCUGCACGCGGGGGCCGACAUGUUGGAGUUCGCCCUGACCCGCACCAUGCAAGCCCCCGCAUGUUUGCCGGGCAGCCGUUCCAACUCCAAGCGCGGCGGGGGCGCCGAAGGCUCCGCUUCCCGGCGGGACUCUUCCUUCCCGGCCACUCCCAACUCGGAGGAUGCAACAAGGCGGCAGCGUCGGCAGGAGUUGAAUGCCAAGGUCCAGGCAGCCAGGGCACUGCAGCUGGCGAGGCAGCACGAGAUCCGCGUCGGCGAGGAGUGGAGCGAGCUGCUGAAAGUGCCCUCGAACCGGACUCCCGAUGCGAUGAUGAACUUCUGGGAGGAGGUGAAGAUGCGGCUUCUGAAGCGCUUCGGAAGCCUCCACGCGGCCAUUCAGAGCAGUGGCGAGUCCUCGGUGAGCUUCUUGAAGUUCUCUGAUCUCUUGAAGGCCAUCCACUUCCCCUUGAACCAGAGCACCUGCCGGCACCUCUUCGGCCAGGUCUGCGGAGGGCACCGGGAGAUGCCCGUGGACUCCUUCAAGGCACUGCUCAUGGAGAGGACCAUCCAGUCCAUGCGCUUCGUGAUGGAGGGCUGGAACGGCAAGCAGGUGCGAUUGCAAAGCCACAUCCGCAGCUUCAUCAGGCGCUGGCCGCCUUGCGGGGGUGGGGGGGGGGUGGGGGGUGGUGAAACACUGCUGUUACACAUCCAGGUGCCUGUAUGUUUCACGUGUCAGUUGCCUGUAUCCAUGCCUGUUGCUCAAGGUUCUAGUAGGGUACGAUCUACAGCUGUGCGCCUGUAG